AUGGAAACAAAAACUGAAAUAUUUUCGCAGCGUUUAGUAAAGGCAGUAAUAUGGAAUAUUUCAUUACAAAUAUCCCUCGCUAUACUGUUAGCAUAUUUGUACGGUAGCUAUUUCUCAGUUCCUGUACCAAAAUACUUUACGAAAUUCUACAUGUUCUUAAAUAUUUUUUCCUUGCAAAAUAUAAUUUUUGGUAUUCUUUACGCCUUGAAUGGCUAUUUUACUAUGAGCUUGUAUUCGUCACUAGCAAAAAGUAACUUUAAUGUUUUAAAAAAGAAGUGUGAAUUUUAUGACGGACAGUGCUUGGCUGAACAAAGCUUAUUUUUGCAAUUUGGAGGGAUGUGGAUGGGAUUAUAUUAUUUCACAAGUGCCCAUUUAUUUAAUGCGACAGUGCUGACAUUUCCUCACAUUUAUCAAGAAAAAUUUCAACAGAUUAAAUUGGUGAUAAGUAACAUAGUAUCAAUGGGUUUUCAACAUUCUAUGACACCUGUGAUGUAUUAUUGCAUUUUUUACUAUUUUUGGGGUAACAAACCCAGGAGUGUGGUUUCCGAUGUUUAUAGUUUGUAUUUGGAAGACCCACCUUUGGAUAGUAUUUUAAAUUUAAUUUUUUCUGGUAUUUGGAUCGGACUUUGGUUUUAUACUAGUUUAUAUUUCAUUUCGAUAUAUACAAUGAAAACAGUUUUUAAUAUAGUACUGACUGAACCAAUGAAGUUUCCAAUUGAGAGUGAGCACAAGUUCACAUUAAACAAUGCCUUAUCACAAAGAUUACAGUUCAUAGGCUAUUUAGGAGCUUUAGAUUUAAAAUACAUGUCAAUAAUGGAUCCAGCCAGACGUUUACAAAUAUUUACACUGUCCCAACCUGGCGGUCAUCCUAGAAACUGGAACAAUUUGUUGGAGAAAUGUUUGUUUGUGGUUAAUGACUUUAAUAGUGAGUUAGAAAAGAUAAAUAAUGAUUCUCACUCAGUUGAAACUGAUAAGACACACAAUAGAAAUGUUUUUAAUAAAGCUGCUCCUUUGACACCACCUGUGUAUUCAAGAUCACUGAGGAACAUGGCACAAUCACCGCAUUUACUGGAACUUAAAGAUCAUACAAAAAAUAAGGUAGAAGAUACAUUUGCAACUGUUGUAAAAGAUGAAUUUAAUAACUUCCUCCAGAAGCUUUGUCAAAAACCUGGCAUCAACUAUUUAUUUGGAGAACUUGUGGACACUAAAUUGAAAUUUAUUCUUAUUCAAGCGCAACCAGUUAUAUGGACAUGUGAAGGUUUAGCCAAUAUUGUGUCAGCUUCAUUAAAAGAAGAUAAAUAUGGUGUUGUACAAAAUGAUCUGCCUAAAGUUAUUUCAACAUUAAUAUGUCUUAAACACAAUUUGGAUAAAUUGACAAAACCUGGUCUUGUGCCUAGAAAACAUAUUUUAAAUGACAUUCUUGCAAUUAAAAUAAGAAAUGCUCUUCUGUCGUCAGUUAAGCGAAGUAUAUACAAAAUUGUAAUAACAUUUUCAAAAUUCAUUCAUGAGAUACCACUGGAUCCUGAUCUGCAACUUGUAGUUCAAUCAUUUUUGUUAUGUAAAGAGGCAUGAUUGUAAAACCAAAAUUAAUAAAAAAUUUAGUAAAAUUUCUUCAA